UUGGCAACACUGAUUUUCUAUACCAAAUUCGAAAUCCCUACUACAAAAAUCCCCAAAUAUUGUGAAAUAAUUAAUAAUUAUGCGUUAAAAACCUAUUUGAUUUGAAUAAUUAAUACGAUGAUGAGUAAACAACUAAUUUAAUUUAACCCACCUACUGAGAUUUGAUUCGCUUUUGUGUGUUUUUAUAAUAUACAAAUCACAAAGAUGCCUUCGUUAACACAACAAAUACCAAAUUUGAAUGUAAAAAUAAUAUUUUUAAUACAUUUUGUAUUUAUAUCCCUGAGUUGUAUGGGAUUUUGGGCAACCAAUGCCUACCUAUUCUACAACAGUAUUUUGAUAUUCCUCUUAUUAUGGAGCAUAUUUCAUGGACAACUACAAGAACCUUUACAAUUGGCGAUUGUAGUUAACGGUUCCUCAAUAAUUCUCGAUAUAUUGCUCUUAAUUAUGAACUUUCCAUAUUCCCUCAAUGGGGCAGCAGCAAAGUUUUCUGCGGCGAUGGCAGUCUUGCAUUUGAUUAUAAGGCCAUUCACCACCUUUGUGCUGAUUAAAAAUUUAGAGGAAAGAGGCGGCAACACAGCAAAUAUUCCUAAUAUGUUCGCUGGUACUCGAACUGAAUCGUACGAAGACAUCGACAGGACGGCCACUGCGGCACCACAACAUUCCGGGCAAAGUGGCGGCUAUAAUUUUGCAACGGCUCAGCCAAUAUAGGAAUUUAAUAUUUAUAAUUCUCAUUUGAUAAUAGGAAAUCUCUUUUUUGGUCUGCAAUUGAUUAUGUACUGAUUUAAGUGUUUAGAUAUUGGAAUUCAUGAUUUAUUAGUUUUUACAUUACAUGUUGUAAAUAAAUUGUGGCAUUAUUUGUUA